AUGGGCCAGAAGCGCAAGUUCAGCUCGCUUGGCGGCGACGUUGUGCGCACGCCUGACCACUCUGGACAUGUGGCGAAGGAAGCUAGAUCGGGUGCGAAGAAAGCCCAUCGACGAAAAUCUGGCUCCAAUGGAACACCACGGCAUUUCCCAACGGCGAUGUCGGCAGACAAACCAUCACAGACGCAAGUCACACCAUCAGCUAAGGUCACCGCUCAGACGCCUGCGAAGGCUGCAUCGUCUGUCAAGCAGCCUACGUCUAUCUUAAGUGCUGCAGAUCCACCAGAGCCGCCUGCUGAAAUGGACAAGAAAGCGCGAAAUAAGUGGCGGAGAAAGAUGAGGCAGUCACUGGCUUCUGUUCAAAACUCGAAUGCUUCACAGGCUGCUGAGUCGCCAGAUCCGAAGCCUCAAGUGCAGAAGCAGACUGCUAGACCUGUCGAUGCUCUGGCUCCGUCUGCUGCUCAUGUCGAUGCGAUAACUCAGACGCCAUCUGUGAAGUCCACCCAACACCCACAACACUCAGUGUUUUGGCAGCGAACGGUCGAGCAGCGUGUGAACAACCGCCUGCGCCAAGCGAGUACAACACAACUUGUGCCGACACCACGAAAGCAGUGGAAUCCUCCGCCCGGACUAGCUCGAGGCGUUGACACAGUCAAAGAAAUUAGGGCUGUCGACAGAGCAUGUCAGACCGAUAUACAUGGUCGCCUGCAUCUCAAUAUCAUGUUUGAGAAGCCUCAUUUGCAUAAGCCACAGCUUCACCAGCGGCAAGCGGCCUACAUCACUAAGUCUCCACAGAAGCAGAAGUCGGAGCCGUCCCUUACGGCCGCUCAGGAGGAUAUAUCCAUGUCGAUUGCACACAGCGAGGCCUCGCAUACUGGCGAGCAGAAGCAGGUAGGGUCACCACUAUGGCCACGCGAAGUCAAGGGAACGGACAUGGUUGCCGACGAGCAUGUUGAUGGGGUCGACGACUUAGUCAGUGACUCCGCAGAUGACAUGCCUGAAAACGAGGCUCCUUCGACCAAAAUAUUAGAGGUGGAGGCUGCUACAGACGGGACGUCAUCUGCUGCAGUUACGGGUAAAGACGAUGAAGCCCGAGAGCAUGAAAUCAUCGAGAUCUCUAGCGGCUCCGAAUCGUCUUCCGAGUAUAUAUCCAGCGACGACGAGAACGAGGCAGCCAACAAACAAGCCAUGCGCUCCAGGCCAAAGACACCUUCACCGACCAUCAAGCCACAAGCCCCAUCCUCGAGCGCAAAGUUCACAAGCAGGAGUCUACUUGAUCACCCUCCAUUCUCCCUCAUACCUGGUUUCCAUCAAACAGGACAAAAUGAUGCUCUUCCCAGCACGAGCUUCAGCAAGAUCAGCCAACCCAUGCCCAUCAAGAAGGUCGCGCAGCCGGUGAAGCUACGAGACGACUCGCCCUCCUCCUCAGCGCAUUCUUCACUUUUCGCUGGCAUAAAGGGUGAAGCUACAGUCGCACGGCUUGGCACCCAAGGCUUUGGGCCAAUUGCAAAAGCUGCAUCUGCCCAGACAUCCGAGGCGGCGCGUAAGGCUGCUUCAAACAACGACGCACGGUCAGCUUUCGAUCGGUUUAGCUCUUUUGUUGGUGGCGAUAAGACUAGCGAUGAAAGUGAUAGCGAUAGCGACUCUGACGAGGAAACCGAUGCCAAGCAAUCUGGCGCGAGCAGGGCCGAGAAGUCCGCGGCUAUGGUCGGGCUCGAGCAACGCGGUCGUUCGUCCCCAGCGAGGACUACACCGUCGAGGCAUGCUCAAGCACCGCUGAAGGGCAGCAUACGUGAGACAAAUGAUUUCAGAGCCAGCCAGCAGCUUGAGCAGGAAGCUCAAGCAGUUUCGCAGGAGACUGCAUCGGUCGAAAGCGCCCACAACGCAAAGAAUAGCGAAGAUGAGGAGGUAGACAGCGCGAAUUCUGGUACUGAAGAGAACGACCAAGGACGAGAGACAGACUCCGGUGAAUCAGAAAGCGAGGACGAGGUUGAGACAUCACCACCCCUGCUGGAUGUGCAAGCUUCCCAGACUGAAGACAAGAUUCAACACAAUAGAAUCGUGCUCCAGCAGUCUGCACCUCUAGUAGAUGGUCACCAAAGCGACAAUGAGGCCUCCCAGUACGAUAGUGCCGAGGAAAUUGAUGAUGGCUUGGCUUCUGAGGAAGCUGGGGCGCAACUGAAUGGCGGUCAUUCGACCAAGUCUACUGCGCCAGUAGCUUCCUCCACAAGCGCCGCGGCCGCACGUGCAAUAUCUCUGUCUUCCCGCGUCGAAGUCCCGGCCUCCCAGGAUGACGACGAUGCCACUGCUUUGCUUGACGGCUACAGCGAAGACCAGCAAGAUCCGACCGAUGUGUCGGCCAAUCCUUCGCGAACGCCUACAACUUCAGCUGCGACCACUUCUGCACAAGAGCAACCUGACAGUGGGACCUCCAUCUCGGUCUUUUCAGAGCAUCUCAAUUCCACUACGAAGGACAGCAAUUCUUUUUUAGGCCAACGGCUUGGUGGAACUGGCUCCAGACAAGCUGCCAACAGUGAGCUUACAGAUGCCGCUACACCAAGCAGACAACUGACAUUUACGGCUAGUGAGGAUGAGGACGACAUCUAUGACACAAUCGACGAAGUGACAGAGGGUGUCUUCAAUGCAACGCGACAUUUGCCCUCUCUUGACAUCUUGAACAAGAGCGAGUUCGCCGUGAGCUCCACAGCACGGCGGCGCCUGGCCAAAGAUGUGUACAUCCCAAGGGUACCAAAGGAAAUCAUUGCAUGCUACUCUGCACAAGUUUUCGAUGUUAGCACCCAGGAUGCUUCGCAAACAGACGUAGUGCACGAUAGUCUGCCUCUGCCACAUCUGACGAACGAGGAUCUUUCCAAGCCUUAUAUGCCCCAUGCCGAAUCAUCCAGCAGUCUCACCGAUCUUGGCUCCACACCAACACCACCUGGGAGUCCAAUCGUGCGAGACUUCGCUCACGAUCCUAUACUCGUGGCCAAUCAUGAAACUUUGCCGCCCCUACCCAAGAAGCGAAGGAAGACGACAGGAUCCACAAGCAAGCACUUUUCGCCAGACAAGCGCACGAAGCGAGAACGAGACCGUGAAGACGAGAAUAACCAGGUUUGCUCCGAUAUGCUUGCGGACGAUACUCAUGGCUCAACAAAAGGUGAACUGCCGACUGGGACACAGACCACAGGUCCCACGUUGACGCCUGUUAAGUCCAAGCCCAAGGCGAAGAGGAAGACCACCGGGAAGAAGUCAGAUCACUUCUUACCUACGCACCUACUCGAUCGUGUUGACCUGCCUUCUCCGUCCAAGGGCCAAGGUAAAACGCCAGCGGGAGUCUCUCGAGCACCUAUCCCACCAAUCACAUCUACGCGCUUCGGGAUUAUCCAAGAGAAGCUGUGGGACGAGCCAUUCUGGCUGCUCAUUGCAACAAUCUUUCUGAACCAGACAACAGGCCGGCAGGCAGUACCUGUCUUUUGGGCUGUCAAAGCGCGCUACGACUCACCUGAAGGUCUUGCGAAAGCUGAGUUCCCGGAACUCCUCGAGAUGAUAGGAAAGCUUGGAUUACAGAAUCAGAGAGUUAAGCGCUUGAUUAAAAUAGCAGAAAUUUGGGUGGUACAGCCUCCUGUGGCUGGGACACGGUACAGGACUAUAAAAUAUCCCGAGCCCACGGACCAUGUCCAGUAUAACAGGAGGAAAGUGAAGGCCAUUGAAGGGGAUGCUGUGGAAUGUAAAGGAGCUCUGGAGAUCGGGUAUCUUCCAGGCCUUGGCCCGUAUGCCUGGGAUAGCUGGCGUAUCUUUUGUCGAGAUGCUCUGCGCGGGGUGGCAGAAGACUAUAACGGCAAAGGAGCUGCUGAUGGUUUUCACCCGGAGUGGCAAAGAGUCGUGCCGUUGGACAAGGAGCUGAGGGCGACUUUGCGGUGGAUGUGGUUGCGAGAAGGCUAUAUCUGGGAUCACUUCACUGGCGAAAGAAGGAAGGCUACUGAGGAAGAAAUGGAGCGGGCUGUCAAAGGUGAAAUGGAUGUUGCGGAUGAAAAGGAGAAAGUGUUUGCUGCUCAAGCGGCCGGCGUCGUUGAAAUGGAAGAUGCCACUGAAGAGGGAUGUGCCGAGGAUAGUGUUGGAUACAUGUAG